CGCAUGCUCCGUGAGCAUGGACGAGGAGACAGAAGUGACUGGACAGCAGUCUGUUAUCUUCUAGUGAGCCUAAAAAUAACCACCAUGAAUUGUGUUUUGUUGCUGAAAAAGUCGCAUUUUGUCUAUUUUGAACGUCGUCCGACCAUCUACGGCUGAAAUCUGAUGAAAGUGACUGAUCUUCACUGUUUUUAACGCGGCUGUAUUUGUGUAAGAACAGUGCCAUAGACACACCGAUAACCGUUAGUUCUUUCCUCACCCAGAAUGCCGCGGGACAGAAAAAGUCCUCUUAUCCAGAAAAUUGCUAAGCAAGCUUAUAGCACGUUUAAAGGCUUGCGGUCUUCGGCCAGUGGGGAUACAAAUCCCGCUGCUGAUAAACAGAGUGAACUAAUCUCCUUAGUGACUACAGUCAGGGCAGCCGACCUGAAAAUUUUUCCCCGAAAACGGAAAUCGAGCUCCGGCGCAGCGGGGCUCCAGAGCCCCCCGGUCACCUACAUGCAUAUCUGCGAGACGGAGGUGUUCAGCAUGGGGGUGUUUCUACUGAGGACCGGCGCCUCCAUACCGCUGCACGAUCACCCGGGCAUGAACGGGAUGCUGAAGGUUCUCUAUGGGAAAGUGCGGGUCCACUGCUUUGAUAAACUGGAUGAUAACUUGGUCAACACCAUCCCGCCUCAUUUUGAUCCUCCGUUGGACCCACUGCAGUCGACUUCUCUGUGGCGCUCUGUGCUCCACUCAGUUGCCGAGUACUCAGAGAACAGCGGGCUAUGCCUCCUCACUCCUGUGAGGGAUAACCUCCACCAGAUUGAUGCGGUGGAAGGGCCAGCUGCCUUCUUGGAUAUCCUGGCACCGCCAUACAAUCCAGGUGAUGGGCGAGACUGUCACUAUUACAGAGUCCUGCAAACUGUGGCCGAGGGCAAAUCAGAUGCAAAGAGCAACAAGGAGCAGCAGGGAGAGGAAAAGGAGAAAGAAGAGGAGACAUGGCUGCUGGAAAUCCCUGAGCCAGAGGACUUUUGCUGUGGUGGGGAACCCUAUCCUGGUCCUGCAGUCUCUAUCUGAGUUAAACCACUGCAGCAUACAGUAUGACUGUGAUAGCGAAACAUUCACAAGAAGAAACUUGCUUAAGGACAACUGGGCAGAAGCUUGCAGAGACAGGCUUGAACUCUGACACCUCACUUAGAAUAAGGACCCCUGAUUUACUCUCCACAGACCUUAAAUAUCCUUGUCAGUACUGGGAAAAGUGUUGGCAGCAGGAACUCAUAUUUGUAAUAUUGUAUUUUUCUUCUGGGUGUUAUGUUGCCUUGUACACACAUGAAUGUCACCAGCCAGUUGUUCUGUGAAUGGUGGGUGUCAUUGGGGUGUUUGUUGUUUGUUCUUUGAAGCUUCGAAAGCCUUUUACACAUUACAUUUCACUGUGCUGCAGAGGACUUCCUCUUUGUCGUGUGUCUUAAUCCUAAAGCCUAUAACUCAAAUCAUACUUGCCUUAUUUGUGAACACUGAAUGUAUAUUUCUCAAGAAUGCCAUUUCUAUUGGACACACAUUUUCGCUUUCAAAUCACACACACUACAUUAUAAACACUUUUAUUUUUAUUUUGUGCCCAACGUAUUCCAGAUUACAUAGGAUUUUUAUGAAUUAUACUGGUCUUUCACUUAAGGUAACUUAAUACAGAAUGUUAUAGGCUACCGUGUGAUGCAUCAUAUUAAAGAUGGACUGAAAUCUUUAAACUCAGUCCUGGAAGUGUAGUCUAUAAAAAGCAUUACUUUUUUAAGUGUUGGGGAACAUUAUCAUUUUCAGGGUUUAAAGCCAUCUCUAUCUUUUUUUUAUCACUUUUACAUUUAGCUUGAGAAACACUGCACCAUUUCUGUCCAUAUGG